AAAUUUAAAAAAAAAACAAAAAAAAGAUUUAAUUUUGUACUGUUUUAAAUUAACAUAUAAAAGCCACUCACCAUCACCUUUCGCGGGUCUUGAUAGUUCUUUCUUUUACAGAGCUCUCGCCCCUGUUUCUCUCUUCUUCUUCUUCUUCUUCCUCGGCGCAUUUCGCCGCCAUUUCCCUUCAUCUCAACAACUUCCACUUUUAUCAAAAUCAUCGCCGAUCCAUUCUACAGUCUCCCUCCCAACAAGAAUACUCUUGUCACGUCGCCAUGUUACCCGCCGUUCCGACGACGUGUUACCUCUCUGUUUAACCAAACAUCGAAAAUGGCGAGGCGUUUGGUCCUUUUGGCGGCCAUUUUGGCGGUCCUUUUUGGGUGGUUUUCUUCAGUUUCUGGCUUGCCCACAGGUACGGCGCCUGUAAUCUUCUCUCCUCAUUCUUCAUCUCUGUUCAGGCGUUUUCGUUUCGUUGCAGAAAUUAUAGCAGGGGUUUUGUCCAAGGCGGUUUCUGCCCUUGUAAAUUGGAUAUGGGCGAUCAAUUCGGUCUCUAAAAUUGCCGUUUCUACCCGUUCGAUGAUUAAGUUUGAGACGGGGUAUGUUGUUGAGACUGUGUUUGAUGGUAGUAAGCUGGGAAUUGAGCCUUACUCUGUGGGGGUGUCUCCGAGUGGGGAUCUUCUGAUUUUGGAUGCAGAAAAUAGUAAUGUUCACAAGAUAACUAUGCCAUUUUCUCAAUUUUGCAGGUCCAAGCUGUUCGCAGGAUCAUCUGAAGGAUACUCUGGACACGUGGAUGGUAAGCUAAGUGAUGCAAGAAUGAGUCAUCCAAGAGGGCUAACAGUGGAUCAAAGAGGAAAUAUUUACAUUGCAGAUACAAAGAACAGGGCUAUAAGGAAAAUCAGUGAUGCCGGAGUUACUACGAUUGCUGGUGGCAAAUGGAGGAAAAGUGGCCAUGUUGAUGGUCCUAGUGAAGACGCAAAGUUCUCCAAUGAUUUUGAUGUAGUUUAUGUAGGAAGAAGCUGCUCGCUUCUGGUAAUUGACAGAGGAAACCAGGCAAUUCGGGAGAUUCAACUUCGCACUGAUGAUUGUACCGACGAAUAUGAUGGUAGCUUCCUCUUAGGGAUGGCUAUGCUAACUGCAGCCGUGCUUUCGGGUUACACUUUGGCAUGUCUGCAAUGUAGAGUGUCGGCAAUGUUUUCUUCAAAAAAUGAUUCAAGAGCUAACUCGAGGAACUUUACAUCGAUUCCUCCAUAUCAGAGACUCAAGAAAUCGGUCAGGCAUCCCUUCAUUCCUAGUGAAGAGGAAGAAGAUAAUCAACCAGGAGAGAAUAUAAUUUGUUCCCUCUGCAAGCUUUUCCUCAACACUGGCUCAUCAGCAGCAGAAAUAUUUGUGGCAUUGCUUCUUGGAGCUAGAAGAAAGCCAUCCCACCCCCACAUCGAGCAGUCACGGCUCGGCGUGCAGGAAAGAUUUGCAGUUCCACACGACCGCAAACCGCUGCAUACAAUGGCCAGCAGACCUUACUCUUACACGGCAACGGGACUCGAGAACGUCCACCGUUACAGGCACAUUUGGGCCGACGAUGGUGGCGAUCAAUGGGAAGAGCAGGCAUAUCCAUCCAGUCCAAAGAUGUGGUGCAAAAGAAGCUGUGAGAGAAAUGAGAUUGUGUUCGGUGAAGUACAAGAAGAAGUGCAACUCUAUGAACAAAAGGAAGAGAAGUGUUCUGUUGGUGGUGAGAGGAGAAUGAGAGAUUAGCAAAUUGAUUGAUUUCUUAACCUCACUUGUAUGAUAUCAUAAAUUCGUUUAUUCAAAAUGAUAUAAUAAAAAUUAUAUUGAAUUUUACAUUUAA